AUGAAUAGAAGCAAGGAUUUCAAGCAUAAAUUUGAACAAUUAAUUCGAUCUUUAGAUUAAUUCGGUCAUCCUAUUGCAUUCACUUACAAGAAUAGCUCAUCGUUUAAAACAACUUUCGGUGGUGUUGUUACCUUAUGCGAAUUUGAUAUUGGAUUUUCAGUUGAAUUUCUUAUUCCGCCUGAAUAAGAAAUUAAGAGUAUUGAUUAAUACGUUGAAGUAAGUUUUUCAACUUUUAAAAAUAUCUAUUCCAAUGGAUCAUUCUCAGAAGAACUUAUUGAGCUACCAGUUUCUAAAUGUCAGGCUGGAAGAUUUAAUGGUGAGUAAUCCCAAACUGAAACCUUUGGAAUAACUAACAAAUAUACUUGCCCUAUAAACUUCAAAACUGCAUUAUAGGGUUCAUAUACCACAUAAUAUGCUUAAAUGCUUCAAGUAUAAGUAAGAAAGUGUAAUUAAACGAAUCUUACAAUAAAAAAUAAAACCUUGACUUGUGCUUCUGCAGAAGAAAUUGACAGAAUCUUAAAUCACUUGACAAUAAAUAUCCUAAUGACUAAUUAGUUCAUUGAUGUAAAUGAGAAAUAUGGAAAUCCAAUCAAGACAGUCUUGAAGCAGUUUUUUGCAACAGCAUAAUCAAAACUUUCUCUUUAUUAUCAAUUGAAAUUAGGCUAAAAUUUCCUAAUUUAAAGCACCUCCUCAUUAUCAAAUUUGCUAGGCUAAUAAAAUUUGACAUACUAUACAAUAACACAUGAUUCAAUGUAAAUUGCAGAUUCUAACUUAUUAGGCUCUUAUAUAACUUGUUAAAUACUACUUGAUGACAUAGUAACAACAACUAACAUGGAACUAUAUACCCUUUCAGAUGCACUUUCAAAUGUUGGAGGUAUUAUCGGAAUUAUCUCAAUCGUAGUUUAAGUUUUGGUAUCUAAAAUAUAGGAAUAAUUAUACUAUCAAUCUCUGAUUAAAUAAUAAUUUCAGAUCACAUCUGAUUUAAUUGUCAAAUAGCACAUAAAUGUAAAAAUAGGAAAAACAAACUUAAAUGAUCUAGAGCAACCAUCCAUGACGGGAUUAAAAAAUCAUUAGAAAGCUACUAAACUUGAUAAUUUAAUUAGAGAUUUAAAGAAUUGA